AUGGCUCCUAACCUUACUUCCUUAGAGGAAAAAUACGAAAGAUUGGCCGAUGCUUAUGAAAGUAUGAGGAAUUUAUUAGAAAAAGCGGGAGGAUUAUCUAAUUUUCCAGAAAAUAAUUCCCAACCGGAACAGCCAGCCCCCACUACUUCUGAUUCUAAUGCUGAGGAAGCCGAAAGACUGAAAAAGAAAAAAGCCCGUGAAGAAGCCAAGAAGAAAUUGGAGGAGGCUGAAUUGGCUCGAAGACAGGCUAAUCUUAAGGCCGAAGCUGCUCGUAAAAGGCAGGAAGAACGGGAUAAGAAUAUUGCGGAGGAUAGACAAGCCUUUUUAGAUAAUCAAGCCGAGCAAAUUAGAAAAAACAAGGAACGAGCCGAAAAAGAACUACAAUUCCAAGAACAACAGAUGCAAAAGGAAAAAGAAAGAAAAGAAAGGGAAAUCCAGGAAAUGAAAGCCAAAAAUGAGCAAGAAGAAAAAAGAAUAGCCCAAGAAAAGGAGUUAAUAGAAAAAGAAUUAGCCGAAGAAUUAGCCAAGAUUAAUACGGCCGAUAAAGAAGGAAGACAAAAAAUUGAAGAAAAAUUUCGUAAAAGAAAACUAAAAAUCGAAGAAGAAAUGAACGAACAAAAAAGGAAAAAUGAUGAUGAAUUAAAAGAAAUGGAGGCUGAUAUGUUAAAAGAAAAACAAGCAAAAGAGGCUCAGUUGGAUAAAAUUAAAAAAGAAAUUGCUCUCCAAGAAAGUUUGGGUCGGGAAAAUAAGCGAAAGGGUCAAGAAUUAGAGCAAGCAUUAAAAGGACAAAAAGAUAAAGAAAAAAAAAGAAAUAAAGGAACUAGAUGUAGCGAUGGCCGUCCCAUUCCUAAUCAUGGCACUGGUUAUUUAAGAGAUUGGCUUAAUCAAUACCCUAACUUAAAAUUUAACCUUAACUUUGGUGAUAUUUACGAGGGUAAUUGA